AUGGCUCGCACCAAGGUCAAAGCCGAGGAGGAGCAGGGGAUGAGCGCCUUCGAGAAGAUGCGACUUGCAAACAUAGCCAAGAACAAGACUAUGCUUGACGACCUUGCCAAAGCAUCUAAUAAGAUUAUGCCGCCCAAGCCCAAGCCCAAGCCCGCCCCGAAGUCUCGGUCUACCCCCGUAAAGAAGGAGCCCGUCGCCCCGAGUGGCCCAGUCCGUCGAAGUGCUCGCGUCGCAGGCUUUGACGCGGACAACGAAACGCUGAAGCGCAAGUAUGAGGUCGAAGUCGAGGAGAAGGCGGCACAGGAAAAGGCCAAAAAGACGAGAAUCGGUGGAAACCUUAGUUUGGGGGACAUCGCCGUCGAUGGCAAGAAGUUCAAUAACGGAAUCAGCGGUUUGAGUGCACUGGUCCCCCGCGGCGCCCAGCCCGGUGUUCCCACCUUCACCGACGAGGACGUGGAAAACACGUCGGAUAAGGACCUGAAGGAGCUGCGUCAGAAGAUGGGCAAGUUGGAGCUCUACGAGAAGUGGAGUCCCCAGGAUAUCAAAAUUUGCCCAUUGCGCAUUUACGCUGCCACCUUCCACCCAACCGAGGAGAAAGCUCUAGUGUUCGCCGGUGAUAAGGAAGGCGCACUAGGGGUUUUCGACGCCUCGCAGGACGGCCCUCCGGAGAAUGAGGACGACGAGGACGGAUGGUUCGAUCCAAAAAUCGGUGCCUACAAGAUUCACACUCGUACGAUCACGACCAUCAUUGUUUCUCCUUUCGAGCAGCAGAAAGUUUAUACCUCGUCCUACGACUCCACUAUCCGCGUUCUCGACCUCGAGAAGGACAUGUGUGUGCCCAUCUGGGAGCCCAAGGAUAAGAACGAGGACAUCCCCCUGUCCGCCAUUGAUGUACCCUUUACAGAUAAGAACGUCAUCUACUUCUCAACUCUGAACGGCGCCGUUGGAAAGGUCGACAUUCGCGACCCCAAGUCCAUGGAGAUGUGGCAGUUAUCCGACAAUAAGAUUGGAGGAUUCUCCCUGAACCCGCGGGAGCCGCACCUUCUGGCCACCGCGUCUCUCGAUAGGACCGUUAAGAUCUGGGACCUACGGAAGAUCACCGGAAAGGGUGAAAUGAGACACCCCGCCAUGCUCUAUGAGCACAACUCCCGCCUCUCCGUAUCUCACGCCUCCUGGAGCCCCGGCGGCCACGUUGCCACGUCAUCCUACGAUGAUACUAUCAAAAUUUACGACUGGGCCGACCGCGCCGACUGGAACAAGACCACCGAGAUGGAGCCAAAGCAUAUCGUCAAGCAUAACAACCAGACGGGACGUUGGGUUACCAUUUUGAAGCCUCAGUGGCAGAAGCGACCAAAGGAUGGCAUCCAAAAGUUUGCCAUCGGCAAUAUGAACCGAUUCGUCGACGUUUACGCUGCUAAUGGAGAGCAGCUUGCGCAGCUAGGCGGAGAUGGUAUCUCGGCUGUACCUGCUGUCGCCCAUUUCCACCCCACGAUGGACUGGGUUAUGGGUGGUACCGCCAGUGGAAAGCUCUGCCUGUGGAUGUGA